GCCCGGAACGCCGCGGCGGCCGGAAUCUUUCUGCGGAAAGGUCGGGCUCUUUUAGGGGAAGCACUCAGGAACCGGAAGUCAGUGGAGGAAGAUUGAACUGUGGGGACGUACUCAUUUGACUCGGAAAAUGAACGUCCCUAGUGUCCUCACGGCGGGAGGGAGGUGGAGAUUUUUUCCAGUACCAUUAGGAUGGUCCUCAUUCCAGGCCCUACAUAAUUCCUGCUGUCGGAAAAAAUCCACUACAUCCAAGAAAAGUAUUCCCAGGGUUGCUUUUUGUGACAAAACGACAAAAGAGACUGGAAAGGCACUUGACAAGCUCUUCUCUUCGGAACAACAGGCUUCCAUAUUGCAUGUGUUGAAUACAGCAUCUAAUAAUGAACUUGAAGCUUUCAAAUCACUUCGUGGAAGAAAGUCUAUCAAUCUUGUAGAGCACAGAAAAAAGUUUGGGCCAUUUCAGAAUUUGGAGAGUUUAAUGGAUGUGCCCUUGUUCCAGUAUAAAACUACCGUUCAGAUUUGUAACUCCAUUCUUUGUCCAGAGACUGAAGUGAAAAAAAGAAAGUCACAGGAAAACCGGCUCUUGAAAAGGCUCAUCAAACCAGAAAUAGAAAGAGAGAGACUUAAGGCAGUAAAUAGUAUCGUAUCCAUUGUUUUUGGUACUCGAAGAAUUGCCUGGGCUCACCUGGAUCGUAAAUUGGCAGUGCUGGACUGGCAGCAUAAAGAAUGUUGCCAUUUGGUGAAAGGAACAUACACAACAUCUGUCUAUUUAGAAGAGAUUUCUCCAGUCGUUUCAAAGAUGCCCAAAGCUGACUUCUAUGUUCUGGAAAAAACAGGACUUUCCCUUCAGAACUCAACUCUGUUUCCUAUACUGCUACAUUUGCAUAUCAUGGAAGCCAUGCUGUAUGCCUUACUAAACACAACUUUUGCCCAGCAUGGCCAGCAUCAGGUGCUGAGCAUGAAUCGAAAUGCAGUGGGGAAGCACUUUCAGCUGAUGCUUGGUGACAGCCGCACUAGUGGAAAAGAACUAGUGAAGCAGUUCCUCUCAGACGCUGCACUGAAGGAAGAGCCUCGGGUAUUCUUCCCAUCAGAUAAGAUAGUCCACUACAGACACAUGUUUUCAGCUACUGACCAAUACAGAAUAGAAGAGUUGUAUGAUUCAUUAUUACAAGCUGUUGCCUUCUAUGAAUUGGCAGUGUUUGACCCUGAACCUUAAAAUUCUGAUCACUAAUAUAUGAUCUGCUCUAUUUAUUAGCUUUAAAGUUACAAAAACAAACUAACAAGCCAGUUUUGACAUCCAUGUUAAUGGAAAAGAAAACAUGGUUUGAGUGUAUUUAAUGUUUAAAGUCAGAUUUUUGGCUAUUGAAUGGUUUAUACAAUAAGCCAAGGCCAAGUCCAUAAAUAUCUUUGUGAGAUUUUAUAUCUUUUAGGUUUAGUGUUAAACAGUAAGAUACCUCUAAACAGUCUAAAUAAGGAAGUUAUCUUCCUUUAAAAGCAAUAUCAUCUAUAUUAAAGAAUUCGCUGAAAAAGGGAAUGAAUUUUUCCGGGUGGUGCUCAUUGUGGGAAUAAAGCUAAAUAUAAUUGAUA